AUGGCUGCUAGUAAACCAGUUGCACGGAUUGUAGACCGAAAGCACUACGACCAGCAAUAUCUCUUUGAGAUCGACGAGUCGAAGCUGCCCACCUUGGCACCGUCCUCGGUGCGAGUUCAGCCUAUAAUGCUUGGGCUCGCAGCGUACAACCUAUCCUAUUGUGCUCUGGGCGACAUGCUCCACUGGUACGAUGCAUACACUGUGCCCAAACAAUUGCCAAGCCCAUAUAACAACGCCAACCAAUACGCGGUGGCUCCUGGUUGGGGUUAUGCAACGGUCAAGGAGAGUACGAUCGAGGAACUGAAGGCGGGGACUAUGCUCUACGGCAUGCUUCCUACAUCGACGAUGUUGGCGGAUUUGGAACUCGCCCAAUCAAAGGACGAUCCUCAGCGCUGGAUCGAAGUCAGCGAACGCAGGAAUGCGAUGAUGGAGCUAUAUAAGCACUAUUCGGUUGCGGACCAGGAUUUCAGCAGCGAUGUCAAUGAAGCUUUCAGGCAAUGGCGCUGCGGAGCCUUUGUGAUCUUUCAGUGUGGGUAUGUGAUGAACCGAUACGUUUUCAGUGCAUGGCCCCUGGAACCAGUUGUGUCACCUUUCCCAGGCAUGACGCCAUGGACGGCGGCAGACGCCGAUCUAACCCGGUCUGUUGUGAUCACACUGGGCUCCGGGAGUAAGACAUGCCGCAGUUUCGUACAUCAGGUUGCAACUAAUCGUGCGGAUGGACGUGGACCGGUGGCUGUCGUUGAAGUGACGGCCAGUGGCAGGAGUGGUAUUGAAGGCAUUGAAGUCCCAUUCAAGCAUCGCGUCGCUGACUACGACGAGGCUCGGUCUCCCGAAGUAUCGCAAUGGAUUAUGGAGACAGGGGCGGAUAACGUCAAGGUACUUGACUUCGGCGGUCGAGGCGACUUUCUGGAAGCUCUCACAUCCCACUUGGGGACGACUUGGCCACAGGCAGCGGUGCAAGUCAUGACCAUUGGCACGGCACCCAAAGUCUACACAGAAGAGGACAUGAAGGAGCGUAUGGCGAAGGGCGCCAAAACGCAAGCUGUACGACUGAACACUUCACCGAUCAUCGAGGCCCUCAUGAAGGAGAUUGGACAACGAGAGACACAUGAAUUGCUGAUCAACGGAUGGCGUAAAGUGGUGGAGAGCGAAACGGUGCGAAAUGCGGGGACUACUCGUGAAGGGCAGGUUCUGGGCCACGAACUCGACGUCAGAAAGGGCGUGAAAGGUGGAUUGGACGUUGCCUGGACCCAAUUAUGCGAAGGCAAGACGGUCAGCAACACCGCGGUGGUCAUCUCUCUCUGA